GCAUCCCACCCGCUUCGCGGGCCUACCCUAGUGAAGAUAUGAAAACAUAGUUUUGUCGCAAAACAAAAAUAGUUUUAUUACAAUAGUCAGACAAAUGUUAGGAGCACUCGUGUCAUCUUCAUCGUCCACAUUCUUAUCUUCUUCACUUGGCCAGUCUUCUUCUUCGCUCUCUAGAUCCUCGGUUCCUGCGUUUUCUCGCUUAUCAGUCCGAUCAAUGGCCGAUUCAGCUUUCAAGAAAAUCCAAAUCCAAAGAGAUGACACUACGUUCGAUGCGUAUGUGGUUGGUAAAGAUGAUGCGCCUGGGAUUGUUGUGAUUCAAGAAUGGUGGGGUGUUGAAGUUGAGAUAAAGAACCACGCUAUUAAAAUCUCACAGCUUGACCCUGGUUUCAAAACCCUUAUACCUGACUUAUAUAGAGGAAAGGUUGGUCUUGAUGCUGCAGAGGCAAAACAUUUGAUGGAUGGCCUUGACUGGCCAGGUGCUGUCAAAGAUAUCAGCGCUUCUGUUAACUGGCUUAAAGCUAAUGGCUCCAAAAAGGUUGGUGUGACUGGAAUGUGCAUGGGAGGUGCACUAGCUAUAGCUAGCUCUGUUUUGAUUCAAGAGGUUGAUGCUGCUGUUGGAUUCUAUGGAACUCCUUCCUCUGAGCUUGCAGAUCCAGCACAUGCCAAGGCUCCUAUUCAGGCCCACUUUGGAGAACUUGACCAUAUUGUUGGUUUCUCUGAUGUCACGGCAGCAAGGAAUCUCGAAGAGAAGCUGAAAGCAUCGGGAGUAGCACACGAGGUUCACAUUUACUCGGGGAACGGGCACGCGUUCUUGAACAGGAGCCCUGAAGGAGUGCGCAGAAGGAAGAGUUUGGGAGAUUCUGAUGAUGACGAAGCAGCGGUGGAGCUUGCUUGGUCUCGCUUCAACUCUUGGAUGAAACAUUACUUGGUUUAAAGAUUUCCUUUCUCAGAUAGUGUUUCAUGCAAGUCACGAAACAUUGUGUGAAUUGUGAUGAUCAAUGUGCGAACCGAAAUUCACACUGUC